CUUAAGCACAACCAGGCAUGCAAUACACCUUCCCCUUACGUCGAGGCAUGCAAAAAUGAAGGGGAGGGGCAAAGGCACGUUCUCUGCUCAACUUCCCAUCCCCACUGCGGGCCAGUGAGACCCCUUCCAGCGAAGCAGCCGCUCCCGAAGCGCGGCAGUACACUUCUCACGCCCGUUAUCGCUGCGGACUGAAUCUGCCAGGACUUCGCGGCUUGGAAUUUUUCCGUACAAGAUGGCGGAAUGCGAGGUCGGGGCUGUCGUGUAGUGAAAUGGUACUGUCUGCAGGUGGAGGAAUAGCGCCGUACAAGAUGGGCAUAGCUGGCACUAUGGGAAACAGGUGGAAUGCCGCAUGCCUGUUGCUUCUGUCAUUAAAGGUCUUUGGGAUGAAAGAAGGUGAUCCAGAUGCCCCCAUGAGCCUGCAGUGUUACCAGUUAGUGCCCAGCAAUAUCAUGAACUGCAGCUGGUUCACUCAGGAGCCUCCAGAUGCAAAUACCAUCCAUGUCCUCUACUAUGAGAGCCUAAAACUGCAUCCUGGCCAAACCCACACAGUGCAGGCUCCGAGCAAACAGAACUGGGUGCUUAUUGAAAGAAGUCACUUGACGCAGGGGGACAGCUACCAUGUUUGGGUGGAAACCAAACACAGCAUGGCUGGGACUGCAGCCUCCACCAAGUUACACGUCAACCUUGAUGAGAUAGUGAAGCCUCCUCCUCCUGAUCUGGAGUCUGUGGUGUUAGAUUCCUUUGGGGCUACAGUGACAUGGAAGAACCCUCUCUGGUCUGAAUCCCUUGGUCAUCAGCCUCUCACCUGUGCCCUUCGAUACAAGACAUCAACAGACCAUAGCUGGACCUAUCUGAGUGAGGAGCAUGUAGGCCAGGAGGGCCAUGACUUGGAGGACCUGAAGCCAUUCACUCUCUACGAGGUGCAGGCACAGUGCAUUCCAGAAAAGGGAGAAGGCUUCUGGAGUGAAUGGAGUUCUUCCCAGACUUUUCGAACCCCUGAGGCUGCUCCACUGGGUCAGGUUGAUGUGUGGCAAGAAGUUGGUGUUUCUAAGAAUGGGGAUCGAAGUCUCCUCCUGCUGUGGAAGGCACUGGACCCAGAAGCAGCCCGGGGAACCAUCCUUGACUAUGAAGUUGUCUUCCAGGAUCACAACAAAAACAUCACUAAGAUGGUGCACCUUUGCUGCAGUGUUACCCUCCCUCACACUGCUGACUGUGCCUGGGUAUCGGCUCGCAAUUCUGUUAAGAAGACGCAGUCUGUCCAUCUCAGCUUUGAAAAAGCAGAUCUCCCUGGCCCUGAGGAAGUACAGGUGCUGUCUGUAGAAGGCGGCCUGGGGCUCAAUGUGACAUGGAAGCCCAGUGUGAGCCCUCUGUGGGUCCCACCCGAGGAGUAUGUGGUGGAGUGGCGAGAAGAGAUCCCCAGCAACACCAUCAGAGAAUUCCUGGACUGGACGCGCAGGCCCGGUAGCACCAGCAGUGCCCUGUUGACAGGUAGCUUCAGGCCAAAGGUACCAUACCUUGUCUGUGUUUAUGCUCUUUACGCACAUGGAACCAGCGCUUCAGACUCUGUGCGAGCCUACUUCAAAGAAGAAGCACCAUCAGAUAGUCCCCAGGUGAUACAGGACAGAAGUAUUUCCUCUACAAUCUCUCUCAUCUCCUGGAAGGAAAUCCCGCUGGCAGAUCGCAAUGGGCAUGUCACCCAUUACACACUCUACUUGAAGCAUCCCAUUUUAAGGAACAUCACCAUUGAUGCUACAGAGAGGAGCUACAGUUUCUUGGACCUGAAGCCUGGGACUUCCUACCAGCUAUGGAUGACGGGCUCCACUUCAGCAGGGGAAGGUGUGCCUAGCCCGUUGCAUCACUUCCACACUCCAGAUUCCCAUUGGCAGCACAUCUUGGUACUCCUCUUGGUUCUGGGAUUCCUGGUUUUUGUGACCUUCUCUGUGGUGCUUUUUAAUUACAGAUGGGUCCUUAGCUUCUGCCAUAAGAUCCUGCCUCCAUGGUGCUGGGAGAAGAUCCCAGAUCCAGGGCAUAGCAGUUUUGCCCUAAAGAUAGAUGAGCAGCGUACUGCACCUGGCAUGGAUGCCCUAAACCAAUGCCCAGCCAAGUCUCCAGAAGAGACGGAUAUUGUUGAAAUAAAGGAGCCAGUCCCACAGCAGACAACGCCCCCUGCCCCUGUAGAGAUCUCUGGUUAUGAGAAGCAUUUCAUGCCCACCCAGGAGGAGCUGCAGAGAUUGUCUUGAGAAGGAAAGAGAAAAUGCUUCAACCUUUGGAUACCAAUGGGAGAACGGGAUCCUGAUGUUUAUUCCUCUGGUGUCUGAUCCGUGACUGGACCAGGAUAAGCAAAAUGCACUCCUAGGUUCAUUCUUCAGUCUUGGAAGUACUGUAGGGGGAAAAAGGUGUGCCAUGUUAUUUGGCUAUCAAAGCAUCUGAUGUGCCGUGGUCAAAGAGUGGGACUGUUGGUUACAGCUCUAGGGGCUCUGCAGAAGUUUGCGACCUCAAAGUAGCCACAGAGUGAUCUCUGUAGAGGAAGAAGCACAAUGACUUUGCCAGAUCUCUGGGGUGUAUCACCCCACUCUGGAUCUUCCUUCAGACUUUGUUAAGCUGUUGCAGCUUCUACUUUGGUUCAGUCUUCCUGCAUAUGUCCAGUCUCACCUAUUUGCUCUCCUUCACCUGAAUGCUGGAACUGUGGUUCUUCCUUCCAUAUAGGGAGGCAUCAUUCACCUAAAUCAGGGCCAGUAGCUGUGCAUAUAGAAGGUUCCUGCUUCAGUCCCCUGCAUCUGUCUCCAUAUAGGGCUGGGAAAGUCCCAUCGGAAACCCUGGAGAGGCAUUGCCAGUCGAUGUACACAAUACUGAGCUAGAUGGACCAAUGUUCUGAUGUGGUAUAAGGCAGCUUUCUGUAUGGUUCCCAUUGGUACACACAGUUCGGAAGCUUCAGCUGGUGCAGAACGCAGCUGCCAGAUUAUUGACGAGGACCAGUCGGUCUUCGCAUAUAACACAUGUCCGGGCGCGUCUGCACUGGCUUCCUAUUUGCUUCCGGGCGAGAUUCAAGGUGCUGGUUUUGACCUAUAAAGCCUUACACGGCGUGGGACCUCAAUACCUUGUGGAACGCCUCUCUCGCUAUGAACCUACCCGUUCACUUCGUUCAGAAUCUAAGGCCCUCCUCCGGGUACCAACCCAUCGGGAAGCCCGGAGGGUGGUUACGAGAUCUAGGGCCUUUUCUGUGGUGGCCCCUGAGUUGUGGAACAGCCUCCCCGAAGAGGUACGCCUGGCGCCUACACUUCCAUCUUUUCGGCGCCAGGUAAAGACCUUUUUAUGCUCCCAGGCAUUUUAAUCUUCUUAACUUUUUUAAUCUUUUAAUCUGUAUUUUAAUUUUUGUAGUAUUUAUUUUG